AGGGCUGAAAAAGUCCGCUCACAGCACAGCACAUGUGCAACCACCAUAUGUCCCAUCGCUGCAUCAAAAAUCCAACAGAACUACGCUGUAACACGUGCUGCACUGCGGCCUCGUCUCUUCUUUCUUUCUUUUGGGAGGAAGGAGCCUCCGGCCUCGUCUCCUCCCUCUCCAUCCGCUGCUCCCCCCACUGCCCUCCGCUGCUCCUGCAUCAUCACCUUGCCUUCCGCUCCAAUGGAUACGCAGGCCGACACAACGGCGGCCAUCGAAGAGACAACGGCGGCGGUAGCCGCCAUCGACGAGCACCAUCCCGCGCUGCACACGCACAACGUGGCCGAGGUCGUCCCGACUCUGCCGCUGGAGACGCGGUGGCCGCCGUUCGCGCUCCGGCGGUACCGCGGGUACUGGCUGCUGGAGCGGUUCCUCCCGGCGAUGGCAGCCUUCUACGACCACUUCGAGCCGGCCCCCAGCGGCGACGUGCUCCUGGCCACCUGCCCCAAGUCUGGCACCACCUGGCUCAAGGCCCUCGCCUUCGCCACCACGCACCGCGCCGCGCACCCGCCGUCGUCCGGCGACCACCCGCUGCUCCGCCGCAACCCGCACGGGUGCGUCAUGUUCCUGGACACCAUCUUCGACCGCCCCGUCGACGCCGCGCGCGGCGUCCUCGCGGCGUACCCGUCGUCCCCGCGCGUCUUCGGAACCCACUGGGCAUACUCCCAGCUGCCGGAGCGCAUCACGGGCGGCUCAUCAUCACGGGUCGUGUACCUCUGCCGUGACCCCAAGGACGUGAUGGUGUCCUGGUACUGGUUCCUCAACAAGAUCGCCGCCCAUGGCACCGGGCACGAGCUCGACGGCCGCCUCGACUUCCACAACCUCUUCGAGGUCUUCUGCGAGGGCCGCAGCGGCAUGGGCCCGGUGUGGCGGCACGCGGCCGAGUACUGGGCGGCGAGCAGGAAUCACCCGGAGAGAGUGCUCUUCCUCAGGUACGAGGAGUUGACGCGUGACCCCAAGGGCAACCUCGUGAAGCUGGCCGAGUUCCUGGGGUGCCCGUUCACGGCGGCGGAACGGGACGCCGGCGUGGUGGACGCCGUCCUGGAUCUCUGCAGCCUGGAGAGGCUCAAGAACCUGGAGGUGAACAGGAGCGGCGAGCAGGAGGAGGAGCUGGUCGUCACCAACGACGUGUUCUUCAGGAAAGGGGCGGUCGGCGACUGGAGCAACCACAUGACGCCGGCGAUGGCGGCGAGGCUGGACAAGAUCGUGGAGGACGCCCUGCAGGGUACAGGAUUCUCGUUUGCUAACUCCACACGGCAGAGCUCGACGCCGGAUGACGGUGCUCAGUAGAUCGAUCGCCUGCUCGGCGCAUUAUCACAUCAAAUCGAGCUUAAUUUCGACCACGUGUGGUCUAGUUGUGAAAUGUUGAGCUCCGGAACAUGUGUCAUAAGCUGUGAAGCAGCCCGUUCCUGAAAGUGGUGAUGGCUCUUUGAUGUUUGGUCACGAAUGAACCAGUGUAAUGUAUUUCGUGCUAAAAACACUUUUGGAGCUCUAACUGUAGUUUCUUUUUUCCACUGGCUUUGGUCCCUAUUCUUCUCGCAUGUGUGUUUUUGUGUAAUUCAUUCUAAUACUAAAUGGCAUUUAGAUA